CAGCCGCGGGGCAGGGUAGGCGGAAGCCGCGGAUGUGCGUGCGCUGAGGGGGUGCGGCCGCGCCGGGCGAAGGCGGUGCCGGCACCGCGGCCCGCACGGAUGUGCCUGUUUGAGCACUGUGGUCACGUGCCUUGCAAUCAUCCAGCUUGAAGGACCUAUGAUGACUUUGAAAUUUGGACCAUCUUGGAUUAUCUGAAGCACUCCAUGUAUGAGAUGUCUGCACCCUCUUGAGCUUCCCUCUCUCCCAUUGUGGCACCUUGCACCUCUGGUUAAACCUGUUCUUCAGUUUUGCUUCACAAAGCAAGUUUCUUCAGAAGAGGAAGAAGGGAUUUCACUUCCAGAGAGUGUGCAUUGAUUCCAUGUCACAACAAGACCUGUUGUCCUCAAGUUCUCCACCAGAACAUCUCAUCACAAACCUGCAUGCUCCUUGUGACAACUGCCAUGGGCUGCAAAAGGGGAUGUGACUAGUUCCUGCCCUGCUUGGAGACCGGUGUGUGUGCUUCCAUUUGCUAGUCGAAUGCUGUUCCUUUGCAAGUGCACUAAGAAACAAAUGCAAGCUCGAGGUGGCCUUUCAGGGAAGCCAAUGAUUUAUGCCAGCCAUGUCACUAGCUGAAUGGGUCUCACAACCCUCUGACUCUGUGGGCCUUUGUUAGGAGUCACCCUGGGAUCUGUUGACCUCCAACAUUAAUGUUGAGUGUGCUGUGCUUUAAGGUUUUGAGGAAAAUGCAGAGACGACAUAGCAGCAACACUGACAACGUUCCUCCUGAAAGAAACCGGAGCCAAACAGUCAGUUCCGAGACCAGUGUGGAUGAAAGUGGAGUUUUUGAAAGUCUAAAGGCUGAAGCUUCCUCACCGCAGCAGCUGUUCUCAGGCCUGGCUGGCAUCCCCUCGGGCACCAUCACAGCCACCCCGUUCCAGUCAGGUUUGGUCCUGGGCUCUUCAGCAGGAGGUGGGGAAGUAUUUAUUCAGAUGCCAGCCCCAAGGGAGGAAGGGAGCAGCCGUACAGAGGGAGCCCCGUUCCACCACCGGCAGUCGUCCCAUCAUUUCCACCAUGGCCAUCACCGGGGUUCAUCUCUGCUGCACAUGGCAGGAGGGGACCGCCACGGGCACGCGGAGGAAGGCAGUGAUGAACAAGCUGGAACUCCAGCCCCAGCUCUUUCAGAGUUAAAAGCUGUGAUUGGUUGGCUGCAGAAGGGACUUCCCUUCAUCUUGAUCCUCCUGGCUAAAGUUUGUUUCCAGCACAAGCUUGGGAUUGCUGUGUGCAUUGGGAUGGCCAGCACAUUCGCAUAUGCCAACUCAACACUCCGGGAACAGGUUGCUCUGAAGGAGAAGAGAUCAGUGUUGGUUGUCUUGUGGAUCCUGGCCUUUCUCACUGGAAACACCUUGUACUUGCUUUACACAUUCAGCUCUCAGCAGCUCUACAACAGCCUUAUAUUUCUGAAACCCAACCUCGAGAGGCUGGACUUCUUCGACCUGAUGUGGAUUGUGGGCAUUGCAGACUUUGUACUCAAGUACCUUACCAUUGCACUGAAAUGCCUAAUUGUUGCCCUGCCAAAGAUCAUCCUUGCUGUCAAGUCAAAGGGGAAGUUUUACCUGAUUAUUGAGGAGCUAAGCCAGCUCUUCCGCUCCCUUGUCCCCAUCCAGCUAUGGUAUAAAUACAUCAUGGGAGAUGAUCCAUCCAGCAGCUACUUCCUUGGUGGGAUCCUGAUUAUCCUGUACAGCCUCUGCAAGUCUUUUGACAUCUGUGGUCGUCUGGGAAGUGUCAGGAAGGCACUGAAGGUCCUCUGCACCCCACAGACCUAUGGAGUUCGUGCCACCAGCCAGCACUGCACUGAGGCAGGUGACAUCUGUGCCAUUUGCCAAGCAGAAUUCAGGGAACCUUUGAUCCUGAUGUGCCAGCAUGUGUUCUGUGAAGAAUGCCUCUGCCUCUGGUUUGACCGGGAGAAGACCUGCCCUCUUUGUCGUUCUGUCACGGUAGAAACCCUGCGUUGCUGGAAGGAUGGCACCACCUCUGCUCAUUUCCAGGUGUAUUAAACCAAAUACAUGCCAACAAAUGGAAUAACGUGUGGAGAGAAGACAGAGCUGGAAAAUCUGGUGAUCCCGAGGCACCUAUUUAGUAACCCCUGGAUUUAUCUUAGUCUUUCUUCCAGCUCUGUUUCUCCAGGAGCCAACAGAACAACAAUUGUUACUAUCCAAAAACUUUAUCCUUGGAUGCAAGGAGGAGGUGGUUUAUGUUAUGGCAAACUCCAUGGCUAAGCUACAGCCAAGAUUUUGUCUUGAACUUACAUGGUUGUAAACUGCCUGGGAUGUUUCCUUUAUUUCUCUCCUUUUAGUAUAGCUAAAUAUUGCAUGUAUAAGGCAAGAGUACUGUGAAUUGCAUGUGUUUAACCGAUACACUGGGAAAAAGCUGUCCUCCUCUGGCUCAAACCACUGUGAGAUUUUUCAUGUUAAAUGGCCCUUGCUUCUCUGAAUCUGUAACCUCAUAGAAUUAUGCUGUUGCUGUUACGCUUCCCUUGAGAACUCCUCCAAAACAGUGCUUCAGAACCUCCUGCCCCAACUUGAUUUCGAGUUGGAGAGAUGUCCUCUCCCAGCAGCCGUGUUUUGGAAUUGAUUCCACAAAUGGCAUGGGUUGGAAAUCUCAAGGAACUUGGGAAAGACCAUGCCAGUGACACUGGAAAUGACACUUGCUUUUCUAGGGAAUGUUUUUCCUCUUUAAUUUUCAUGAUCAGACUGUCUGAUUUCUUAGCAUAUGGGGAGAAGAGUGGGAGGCAGAGAGAGGCUAAAGUCAAGCUUGAUUUGUCAGGUGAAAAGUCAAGGUCCUGAUCAAGAGCAUCUCACAGAUUCACUUCUCUCUGCAACAUGCUCCUCAGAGCAGCCCCUGAGGAAGGCUCAGUGGCUUCAUCCAGAGCCUGCCUGGGUCCAAACCCAGGAAACACGUGAGUCUACACAGCACCACUGGUACCACAAGCACUGGGGCAUCAGGGUGCAGGGCUCCAGGGAGGCUGGGCUCCUGAGGCUGCCUGCCCUGAGAGAGGGCAGAAUUACACAGCAGCUUCAGGAGCCAGCCUGGGUUCAACUCAAGCUGGAUAAUCCACCUGAGGUGGUGGAGAGGAAAAGCUCUUUGAGGAGACACCUUGUGCUGUUAACAGGAGAAUGACCACACUUCAUGUCACUGAGUUCCCACCUCUGCUGGGGGUGCUGCAGCGGCACUUGCACACAGAUGGAUCUUGCUGUUUGUGGGAUGGAGCUUUCUCUUUCACUAAACAACCAUUGCUUUGUGCUGCAUGCCCAGAGAAAGCUCCUCAUUAGGCAACUGUGGCAUCUUCCCUGCUCAUUGCUAUGGAAAUGGCUGUAAGCUUACAAUCCACUUGAGUGGAUCAUCAGGAAGAGCUGUACCUGGGGGAAAUGAGCCUCUGUGUGUGUACUGGCUGCAGCCUUCCCCUCCUGCUGUGAAACUCCCCAGGGAGAAGAAUUAAAGCAAACAGGAGCUAAUGGUAACAGGAUUAGGGCUCACCAUUUCUUUGGAAAUAGUGGUUCAGUACAGCCAGAGGAGAAACAGGAGAGGCUGAGUGGGGAAGAUAGUCCAGUUCUGGCUUGAGAGGUUCUGGGAAUUAGAGGAGGAAAAGCUUCACGUGCCAAAACAAAGUGAGUUGAUUCUUGUCAAGUGGAUCCCAUGAAAGUGGGGAAUCAAGCCAAGGAAUCCAGUGGCCAUCUCCAAUGGGAAUAGCCUUUUUGGCACAGGAAAGAAAGUUCAGGCAGGAAGGAAGCAAGGUUUUCAGUGGGCACAGAAAUGUUGUGUACGAUAGUGUGGUGGUGUGGUACAGUCACUUGGAAAAGGGAAAUGACUGGUUCUGUAGGAAGGGAUUUACAGAAGGUUUCAGCACCAGCUUGCAGGGCAAUGCCCAUUCGUUACAGAGUUCGUGAUACCUGCCCUGAAAGUGUUUGAAAAGCCACUUCUAAUUCUGAUCUUUUUCCUACAUGCUCCUGGAAAUUGUAUUUGGAGGAGUGUAUGGAAAGGUCGAUACGAGCCUGACAUGACAGAUAGCAGUUGAUCCCAUUUCCAAUGGAUUUUGUUUCCAUUUGGUGAUAAUGAAGGCGAUCAAAGGGACAGGUGAGGAACAGCUUUUGCAUUCCUACAGUCUUUUUUUUAUGUUACUGAAUGUUCUUUACCAGUUGGCAGCAGAGUUGCUCUUCACAUACCUCAGUGACAAGGUGGAGCACUGCGAUCCGAUGGGAGGCCUCCCACUGACCAGGUUCGGGUGCUGGGCCACCCAGUGCUCCACUUCUCUAAAGUGAAUUAAGGUGAAUUAGUGCUAAAUAGAAGGUGGAAUUUUAUAUGGUGGAUAUUUAUUCUACUGGAAGCAUUACAAAGAUCACCUUAAUUCCUGCAAGAUGAAGAAUUUACCACAGACCACUAUUAUAGAGCUGUUAAAUUAAACCAACCCCCUUCAGCCCCUGUUCUGGGGAGGAAACAGCCCAGUGCUGCUGCCAGUGUGUUACGUGGUGGCUUUGGGAGGCUGGAUGCUUCCACCCUCAGAUAGGACAUUGGGAUCAGAGAACAUACAGGGGAAGCUUCAGCUCUAGCGACAGCUGACGAGAAACCACAGUGGAGUUCCAUGGCUGUGGAAAGAAAUUAUUCUCUCCAAUUUCAGAGAGGAAAUGAAAACCCGGAGCCUUUUUCACCAUUGAACAGUCAUUUUUCUUUUUUUUUUUAAUAAAGUCAUUAUAAAUAUGUA